CCGUAAUCACGAAGCGCUGAACUUGAACGAGGGGCGAUCGGAGCUCCCCUGAGACCAACGUCAUCAUCCACGACCGCCAUCAACCGAGUCUAAUCCCCGAAUCGCAAGCCGACAGAAAUCAUGGCUGAAGCUUCAAAUACUGGCGGCGAUAGCCAGAUUACCUUCAAGGUCAAAUGCUCAGGCGACAAGAACCACACAGUUACCAUCGCCGAGUCCGCGACCGUCCUUCAGCUCAAGACCCUUUUGGCGGGGGAGGAAUACGAGAACAUCUCACCGGAGCAGCAGCGCCUAAUAUACUCCGGAAAGGUCAUGAAGGACGAUGAGGUUCUUAGUUUCUACAAGAUCAAGCACAUGAACACAGUGCACAUGGUCAAGCGUCCAGCCAGCGCCGCGACAGCCAGCAGUGGCUCAACCUCGACACCCGCUCAGCCCGCGAUACCUCAGAACAUGGCUGCCGGUACUCCCUCGAAUAACCUCUUGGCUGGGCUCACGGGUGCUCGCUUUGCCGGUCAAGUGCCGCUACCAAGCCGAGACUUGUUUGGGCCGGACGGAGGAAUGGGCGCGCCCCCUAGUGAAGACGAUAUCGCGAACAUGCUUUCGAACCCAGCGAUGGCCCAGGCCAUGGCCGAGGCGUUCAACAACCCCGCCGUUAUUGACCAGAUGAUUGCCUCCAACCCGAUGUUGGCCAACAUGCCCGCUGAUCGCGCUCGCGAGCUGCUCAACUCUCCGAUGAUGCGCAACAUGAUGACGAACCCGGAGGCAAUUCGCAUGGCGGCACGCAUGCGCAGGAUGAUGGGCGGAGGCGCCAACGCCUUUCCAGCGCCCGGGGUAACGGACAACACUCCGAACGCGGCGACCGGUGCCGGUAAUAACAACGCGAAUGCCGAUGCGCAGAACCCGUUCGCCAUGUUCCUUCCCUUUGGUGUUCCUCCGGCGGGUGCUCCCCCAGCAGGUAAUCCCUUUGCCGCGCUCUUUGGAAACCCCGCGGGCGCUUCGCCUGCGCCUACUGGAGCUUCGACCGAGAGUGCCAGGAGCGGAGAUGCCGCAUCUGCUCCGGCUGCCGGCGCUACUGCGGGAUCUGGGCAGCAAGCAGACCCGUUGGCAUCUCUGUUCGGAGCGCUCGGAGGUGCUGGUCAGCCUGGUCAGGGCGGUGCCGCGAACCCUUUUGGUCUGCCCCCUAUCUCGCCUGAGGCCUUGCAGCAGAUGAUGCAGGCAUUUGGUGGCGGUGGUUUGGGUGGUUUUGGUGCAAGUCCCGCUGCUCCCCCUGACAACAGGCCGCCGGAGGAGAGGUAUGCUGAGCAGCUACGCCAACUCAACGACAUGGGCUUCUUCGAUUUUGAUCGGAACGUUGCUGCUCUGCGCCGAAGCGGCGGUAGCGUACAAGGUGCUAUCGAGCACUUGCUGGGCGGUUCUUAGUUUGAAUCUCGCCUGUAGCUGGUGCGGAGAUAGGUGCAGAGAUGUGGAACGGAGAUUGGCAGUUAUCUGCUGUUCCUGAAGGAGACGGCGGUAUUCACAAUGAACAGCAU